GACUCCCCCUCACUCUCCUCUCCGACCUUUUGUCGACUCUCCAUCUCGCGAUGGCUUCCUCCAGAUCUGCGGCCAGGCUGCUCGCCUACCGACGGCCCAUGCCCUCCGUCGCCCCUCCGUCUUCCUUUAUCCCGACGGCAAACUUCUCGUCCUCGGUGAGCCGGGCAGCCACACCAGUUGGGCCUCCCCAACCCGGCUUCCGUCUUCCUCCUCCCAAGCGAUGGGAUCAAGGCUCCGAGGGCGCUCUAGACAAGGCCAGCAAGUACUUCCUCAUGGCGGAGAUCUUCCGGGGCAUGUACGUCGUUUUGGAGCAGUUUUUCAGACCACCCGAUGUACGACAACAAUUCGAGCCUAUUCGAUUGAGCGUGCUGCUUCGCGAAUGCCCAAGUUACACCAUUUUCUACCCCUUCGAGAAGGGUCCGAUCUCUCCUCGUUUCCGUGGUGAACACGCCCUGCGACGCUACCCAACUGGCGAAGAGCGCUGCAUUGCAUGCAAGCUUUGCGAAGCUAUCUGCCCUGCCCAGGCUAUCACCAUCGAAGCUGAAGAGCGUGUGGACGGAAGUCGCCGGACGACCCGCUAUGACAUUGAUAUGACCAAGUGUAUCUACUGUGGUUACUGCCAGGAGAGUUGCCCGGUCGAUGCUAUCGUUGAGACCUCGAACGCAGAAUAUGCCACCGAGACUCGCGAGGAGCUACUAUACAACAAGGAAAAGCUCCUUGCUAACGGCGACAAGUGGGAGCCUGAAAUUGCCGCCGCUGCCAGAGCCGAUGCUCCUUACCGGUAAAACCAACCUAGUGUCUUUAUAGAAUGUAUCGAGGAGGAAACUUCUUCGAAGAAAAGGAAA